GAACACCUCUCUGUCAGUCACAACAACCUGACUACCCUCCACGGAGAAUUCUCCAGCCUCCCUUGCCUGCGGGCCAUCGUCGCUCGGGCAAAUGCGCUGAAAAAUUCUGGGAUUCCUUAUGAAAUCUUCCAGCUGGAUGAUCUCUCGGUCCUGGACCUCAGCUACAACCAGCUGACGGAGUGUCCCCGGGAGCUGGAGAACUCCAAGAAUAUCCUUGUGCUCAACCUCAAACAUAACAGCAUAGACAGCAUCCCCAACCAGCUCUUCAUCAACCUGACCGACCUGCUUUACCUGGAUUUGAGUGACAACAAGCUGGAGAGCCUCCCCCCCCAAAUGAGGCGCCUGGUGCACCUGCAGACUUUGCUCCUGAAUAACAACCCUCUGAUGCACGCCCAGCUCAGACAACUUCCCACCAUGACGGCUCUGCAGACGCUGCACCUCCGGAACACGCAGAGGACGCAGACUAACCUGCCGACGAGUUUAGACGGCCUCAGCAGCCUGGCAGUUCUUGUUUUCUCCGUCCGUCCGUCCAUCCGUCCCGUCCCCAAAGUGGAUUUGAUCAAACUGUUGUUUCUGCAAUUUCAACGCAGGCUUUACCGUGUUUAUGGAAAGAAGAAUAUCAAAUUGGAACCAGUUCCUCUGAAAGCAACCGCUUUAGAUCCUCGUUUUGUCUUCCUCUUGGAUCACGGCCUUGAGAUCUACAUCUGGAGGGGCAGCCAGGCUACUCUCAAUGGUACCACCAAGGCCAGGUGAGUGCCAAAAGAAGGGCGUGGCCCAGCUGCUCUCUGAAACAUCUGGAGGAGUUUAGAAGUCUUCAAAUCCAAAUUCAAGAACUGGGACGACGUCCUGAAGGUGGACUACACCCGCAACGCCGAGGCCGUCCAUCAGCCUGGUGGCCUCUCAGGAAAAGUGCAGAAGGAUGCUGAGAAGAAGGACCAGCUCAAGGCCGACCUGACUGCCCUGUUUCUUCCACGCCAGCCCCCGAUGCCUCUGAGCGAGGCAGAGCAGCUCAUGGAAGAAUGGAACGAAGAUCUGGACGGCAUGGAAGGGUUCGUCCUGGAGAACAAGAAAUUCACCAGGCUGCCUGAAGAGGAAUUUGGCCACUUCUACACCCAGGAUUGCUACGUCUUUCUCUGCCGAUACUGGAUCCCUGUGGAGACGGAGGAAGAUGAGGAGGAGAAGAAGAAGAAGAAGAGAGAGGAAGGGAGCGCUGAAGGAGAGGAGAAGGACGAGGAGGAGGAGAUGGAAGAAGAAGAGAAGCAGCCAGAAGAAGACUUCCAGUGUGUGGUUUAUUUCUGGCAGGGCCGUGAGGCCUCCAACAUGGGGUGGCUGACCUUCACUUUCAGCCUCCAGAAGAAAUUUGAGAACCUUUUCCCAGGCAAGCUGGAGGUUGUGCGCAUGACUCAGCAGCAGGAGAACCCCAAGUUCCUCUCCCACUUCAAGAGGAAAUUCAUCGUCCACAAGGGGAAGAGGAAAGCCAGGGAUGACAACCUCCAGCCCAGCCUCUACCACAUCCGCACCAACGGCAGCGCGCUCUGUACCCGGUUCCCUUCGAGAGUUCCGACAAUCAGGGAAUCGUCUACACCUGGGUCGGCCGAGCUGCCAAUCCCGAUGAAGCCAAGCUGGCCGAAGAUGUCAUGAACCACAUGUUUGACGACUCGUACAGUAAACAGGUGAUCAAUGAGGGAGAAGAACCAGAGAAUUUCUUUUGGGUGGGGAUUGGAGCCCAGAAACCUUACGACGGAGAUGCCGAAUACAUGAACUUCUCCCGUCUUUUCAGGUGCUCCAACGAGAAGGGCUACUUCGCGGUCUCGGAAAAAUGCUCCGAUUUCUGCCAGGAUGACCUGGCCGACGAUGACAUCAUGUUGCUGGACAACGGCUGCGAGGUCUACAUGUGGGUGGGGACGCAGACCAGCCAGGUGGAAAUCAAGUUGAGCCUCAAAGCUUGCCAGGUCUACAUCCAGCACAUGCGGUCCAAGGACGCCAGCCGACCCCGGAAGCUCCGCCUGGUGCGCAAAGGCAACGAGCCGCUUCCCUUCACUCGCUGCUUCCACGCCUGGAGCGUUUUCCGGAAGCCGCCAGCUUAACGGCGCCAAACCUCAGACCUCGCCUGCCACCCGCGGUGGCCCCCCCCUCCACGGGGGACUCCCCAACGGAUGGACUUUGUAGUCUUCUGCCAGCGCUGGGUGGACCAUCCCCGCCCUUCACUGCAACGCGCUUCUCUUCCGGCUGCGGAUGGGAGGAAUGGUUACUCAGAGAGUGGGGGGAGCCGCCUUGCUUACCCCCCCCCAAAUCCCCCUCUCCCUGCUGCUUCCGUUCCCAAGGCCCCUCCCGCCUCCUUUGAGGGUCAUUCAGACUUUGCCUGGCUCCCUCUUAGCCAUCGUCAAGAGGGGAGAAAUCUUGGCUUUCCUCCCCC